GUUUGAAGAACAAGAAAACAGUAGAGGUCUACCCGGUACCUAUGGUUAAACAUGAUGAUCAUAAGUGCAUGUAUCAUUUUGCAGAUUCUCAUCCAGGAUGAUGCAGCUCUACAAUUUCCAAUUCCAUGGAGGUGAUUGAUGAUGAUAAACAAUUGGUGAAGUAGGCCUAAUAGAACAGUGAUAGGACCACAAAGAGAAAUACAACCUGCAGCAGUUAUAUGAGACUUGUGUAACAGAUGUUUUCAUUCAAGAAAUCCAACAAAUUGAAGAGUGACUUAGCUUAGGAAGCACUUGAUAAAGAUGGAAAAGGUGUUUUUUUUUCAAGUCCAAUUUUUUUUUUUUUAAUUAUCAUCACAACCCCAAAUUCAUGAAGUAUGCGGAAAUUUCCUGUCAAUUUUCAUUAAAACUGGUUGCAAAAGGAGAAGCUAUAAACAUACAAACAGGAGUGGCGAAGUGAAGUUGAAAGUGGGGGGGGGGGGCACAGGGAAAAUGCUGUAUUAUGUGAAAUUUUUAAGAAGUUGCGAGAGAGCAAAAUUUUGACAUUUUAAAAAAGAAAAUCAAAUUUUGUGAUAGAUUUCGACAAAAUAUUCAGAAUGAUAUAUUUCACCCUUUUUUUUGGGGGGGGGCAAGAGUCCUUCAAGCCCCCCCCCCCUCCAUCUGUAGUGUACGAAACUGCUUAUCUACCCCCACUCACAUGAAUUAUUAAACUUAAUGCACAAAGGAUUUCCUUAUUGUUUUCUUGUUUCAAAGGGCACUCGUCAUGGUGACCAUAAAACGGGUCCUUCUCAGGUGAAAGGGGCACAGAACAAAUUCUUUAGGAGCACUUUUCUUGGGUAAAAGGGGGCAGUUAUUUGAGAAAGGGCACUUACAAGAAGGCGAGGGGGCACUUUUUAACACUUAAAACGGGCCCUCAGAUGAAAGGGCACAGAACACGUUCGGGGGGCAUUUUUUGGUAAAAAUUUGCAUACAAGGAAGAGCACUUGGUAACACCUAAAACAGGUCCUCGUCAGGUGAAAGGGACACAGUACACGUUCGUGAGGGGGCAUUUUUCUUACAUAAAAUUAAAGGCACUUUUCAGUGCUUCAAAAAGUAGGGGGAACUGUGCCCCCCAGGAUCGCUGCCCCUGCAUACAAAAAACAUUUUCGUUCGAUUCAAAGUAUUAACAUACGCUUAAGAAAAAAAGUAAGGCUAAAUCCUCUGAUAAUGUGAUAUUUUUUCUGGCUAUUAAUAAAAUUCACAACUAACCAAAAAAUGCCUUCAUGUCUUUCAUUUGUAUUCAUAUAGUAUUUGUACAGAGCUAAAAUGAAAGGGAUUUGGAAUUGGCAAAAUUCAAAUGAGAUGGAGAUCGAGAGAGAGAAAGAGUGAUGAGAAGGGGGUUGAAAAGAGAUGAGAAAGAAAAGAAGGGGCACGUAUGAAGAGAUAAUUUAGAGGGGGAGGGGGGGGGUAAGAGAGCACGAAUGGUGGGAAGUAGGAACAAAGGGGUGGAAGAGAAAUAAGACGAGAUUUAUGGAAACCAGGAGACAGAUAACAAGUGGGAAAAGAAGAAGGAAAUAUAUGUAGGAGAAAGGCGGCACCAAAAUAACGUGAGUGGGAAAAUUAUCAAAUGGAAAAACAGAGCAAGAAAUGCUGGAGGUUAGAGGGGACAGGAAACUUAUUAAACAUGAUAAACUGGGGCCCGUUUCAUCAUGAGUUACAAGUAUGGUAAUUAUGAUUGGUUAUAGCCGUUACCAUCGUAGUUAACUACGAUGGUAACUGCUAACCAAUCAUAAUCUAGGUUACCACGGUAAUCACAAUAACAACGAUGUUUAAAUAGCUGUAAUUCAUUAUGAAACGGACGCCAGAUGAAGAAAACAGGCACGGGGAUCCAUGAGGGCCGGGGCCGGCCACUUACGUAUUAUACCUUGAACAAAAAUUUUUUUUUUGCUUCUCGAAAUUUGUAACAAGAAAUGUAAUCUAUUAGUGGUGACAGUUAUUUUUUUCAGUAACCAUACUCAACCAGUGAAAAUUACCAUCAAAUUGUAAUAACCAUGUUCUGCCCCCCCCCCCCCCCCCCCCCCGUAGAAAAAAAAAGAAAACAAGACUUUUGGGUCAGUGCAACAGCCCCCUUUGAUCCGUUCGGCGGCCUCUGCCGGCUAUGUAGAGUCUAGAUUCAAUUAAAUUAUUUUAUUUUCCACUUUCAAUUUCAUAUUUACAAUUAUGAUACAAUUGACAAAGUAACAUAUAAUCACAAUUGAAGUACAUACAAAAAUUGACAACAUUAUAAAAUUACGAUAGACAAUUAUCAAAUCGAAAUAUAAAUGAUUGAAAGGGAGGGAGGGCCAACUGAAAAGCAGAGCUUGUAUAAUGUAGGCCCCCCUAAUAUUGAUUAAUUAAUAUUGAUUCUUUACAUUUGUUAAAAACUAAGAUUGCUGUAUAUCUUAACAUCGCGUUGUGGCGUGUGGUGGGUGCGGACGUACGUGUGGAAAAAACUCUCGAAAAUUUUUAGAUUUUUGAUCUUCUCGUACUGGAUAUUUUUUUGGAAAUAAAUCACGUUUAGUGUGAAACAGGAUCUGCUCUUGCUAUAGAAGUGAUUUUUCACGAAGGAUUGGCUCAGAUUCACAAGGAUUAUACUGGAUUGCAAAUUCGCCGUCGCAGUGUCGCGGAUUCACCUAUAGGCACAGACAUCGAGCGGGUCGUCACAAUCACCUACGCCGGCCGUUGCCCGGUGCCUGCAGUCGGCUGGAUCCGCAAUAACGACGCGCACAAGUGAAUGUGAGUGGUACUUCGUAUCCGAUAUUUUUUCUCUCCGUACUGAAAUUGUUAUUUGGUGAUAGUCUUUGUUAACCAUGGAUAGAAUACAGCAAACUCUUACAAGAAUUUCUCCAUUCGGAAAAAGUGAGAAAAAAUGUGAAAAUGAAGAGAUAACCGAAGACUCAAUCAAUGAUCAAAUUUCAGAUUCGGAGGUUAUAGUGGAUGAACCGGCAUCUUCAAAUAGCAGAGCAUCAUUGAAUAAAACCAAGCGUAUUAUUCUCACUGAGCAAGGCUCUAACAUUAAACAUGAGAAGAAAGGGAGAGCUGGCAAAAGCCAAAGGGGAUCAUCAAGUGUAAUCAGUUCUACUUCUAGCAAUAAAAAAGCUGAGACAAAGUCCAAGAAGGGAAACAAAGCUGAUGUGGAAGAUUUUUCCCUUGUAUGCCAGCUUUGUAAGAAAUCAGGAAGGAAACAAUUAAUCGAGUGUGAAGCUUGUGAUCGAUGGGUGUGUUUACCAUGCCAAGACAUAACCAUAGAAGUUUACAAUGUAAUUCGAAGUAAAGCUGGUGAGAAAUGUCAUUGGUUCUGCAAAGAAUGUGAGAAAAUGGCUAUUAAAGGAGCAAGAGAAGCUGUAAGGUCCACCCACUCUAAGCCCGGUGUGGGUAUGGAUAACAUAAGACCAUCCACUACUACACCAGCAACAUGUACAGAUAUUGAGAAUUUACUAGAAGGGAUGAAAAAGGAGGUGAAUCAGAAGAUAGAAAAUGCCAUGAAACAGAUGCAUGACUCAAUAUCCAGUAUACAAGGAUUGCCGGUGUGUGAAUCUCAACCACAUCCUACUCAAGGUAGAUCAUCAUCAAAUCGGUCUUACGCUUAUGCUGCUGGAGGUAUAGAACCAAGGAAUGAUGCAAGUUUGAUUGAUUCACACCAACCCAAUCAAAGGCAUGGACAAGAAGGCUUGGUUGAGGUUAUCACCAAAUCAGUUGUUGAGAUAGAAGAAAGAGAAAAGCGGAAAAACAACAUUGUUAUUUUCGGUGUUUUAGAAUCUGAAAGUAAUGUACGCAACAUAAGGCAGCAAGAUGAUAUUGCAUGCGUAAGGGAAAUCCUCAACGCAGGGGUGAAAGUAGCAGAUGUGAACAUUGCAAAGGUAACUAGAUUGGGAAGAUGGAAUCCAGACAAACAUCGCGUCCUUCUCGUAGAAUUGUCAGAUGAUCCCAAUCAGAUGAAAAAGAGGGAAAUUCUCAGGAAUGCAAAACACCUUAGAAAUUCAGAGAGGUGGAAGAACACUUACAUCUCACCAGACUUGACACUCCAACAGAGAGAAGACAGGAAGCUCUUAAGGAAGGAACUACACAGUAGACGUGAGAACGGCGAAACAGACCUCAGAAUAUUCAGAGGAAGGAUCUCAAAGUCUUCAAGGUCUUUCAAACACCAAGAUAGUGAGAGAAUAAAGGCUACGAAGGACAAUGCCAGUAGCCAAAAGGAAUGUAGUCAACCAGGCAAUAACUCUAACACUCAAGUUCUUAUCGAAGAAAGCGUGAACCUGCGCUACGAUAGUCCCAGGAAAGAUAUUACCCUCGGAGACUACAUUCCAACUGAAGAAGAAAGUAGAUCUGACUCAGAAUCAGAUAAAGAAUCUGAAACAGAGCAAUGACUACCCUACAAAUGUUUUUAUAGCAAUGUUGACUCUCUGAUGAACAAAAGAAAUGAGCUGAUAUGUAGAAUUGAAGCUGAAAAUCCAGCAAUUAUCGCCUUGUCAGAGAUAUGCCCUAAAUUCUCCAGGACGGAAAUAGAAGAUGUUGAAUACGCUAUUCCAGGAUAUGACAUGUUCUUGCCAGAUUUGGAAUUUCGCAAAAGAGGUGUUGUCAUUUAUACUAAAAUGGAUCUAAAAGCAAACUUAGUUCUCACAAGUGAUAAUUUUGCCGAAAGUAUCUGGUGCAGUAUUACUCCAAAACCAGGUAAACCUACAAUACUUAUUGGAUGUAUAUAUCGCAGUCCGAACAGUCAUGCUGAGAAUAAUGAAUCCUUACUAAGUCUAUUGAGGGAGAUCGAAGGGCUAGGCUUUCCACUUACCUUAGUCGUUGGCGAUUUUAAUCUCCCACAAGUGACAUGGAAUCCGCCGAAAACCUCUGAUCCCAUAGAGAACUUUAGCUCCAGAUUUAUAGAUUGUAUAGAGGAUAUGUUUAUGAGUCAACUAGUUACAGAACCUACCAGGCUACGUGAAGGACAAGUGAGCAAUAUUCUUGAUCUUGUGCUUACAAACCAGCCAGACAUGAUAAGCAAUAUCCAAUUCAAAGCUCCUCUUGGAAAAAGCGACCACCUCGCCAUAUCCUUUGAACUUUUUUUAGCACUAGGUAGUGAGCUCAAGAGAGGAAAUCGACAUGCGUAUUACAAAGGUCAUUACGAUGAAAUGAGGAAAGAUGCAGGGAAGAACGAUAUAUUCUGUGAUGUUUUUAAUUGUGAUCAAGUUGAUGAUAAAUACAAGUCAUUUGUCAAUGCUAUGACAUAUCUAACUGAAAGAUAUGUUCCACUUGUAUCCACAAAUUGCAAACCUAAACCACUAUGGAUGAAUGCUGAAGUGAAGAGAUCAAUUAAAGAUAAACAUAAGGCAUGGAAUGUUCUUCAGAGGGACAGACGCAAGAAAAGAAAUACGGUCAAAUCCAGAGCUAUAUAUACCACCAUGAGAAAUGAAGCAACAAAAAAGGUUAACAGUGCUAAGAGGGACUUUGAAAAAAAACUUUCAUCUGAAAUCAAGCACAACUCAAAGAGUUUUUGGAGGUAUAUACACAGCAAGACAAAAUCCAAGUCAGGAAUACCUACUUUAAUAAAUGAUGAGAAUUCUUAUGCCGAAAGCAACGAAGAGAAAUCAGAAGUCUUCAAUAAGUUUUUCAGCUCAGUUUUUACUGUUGAAAAUACUUUGGAAAUUCCACAGUUCAAGAACAGAUGCUUCGUGGAUCCCUUAGUUGAUAUCCACAUAGACAGUUCAGCUAUAAUUAAAAUACUAAGACGUCUGGACCAAGACAAAUCUCCAGGUCCUGAUGGAAUUCAUAUUAGGAUCUUGAAGGAAUUACAGGAGAUGGUAGCCCCAGUAUUGGUAGAUAUUUUCACCACCUCAAUGAUUACAGGACAGAUCCCUGACUUGUGGCGCUCUGCUAACGUGGUACCCAUUCACAAAAAGGGACCGAAAAAUGUUCCAGAGAA